UUUUAUAAACAAAAUAAAAAUAGAAGAAAAGUGCAAGCAAAAACAAAUCCCAAAAAAUUUAACCUGAUAAAUUUAAUCAACAUCAAAUUAUUAUAAAAAUUCGUACAAAAACUUCAGAGAUUAUUUGAAAUUAAUUUAAAAAUUACUACUGUUUUUCCAAAUUUGAAGUCAUUCAUAAAUUUUUUAUUGUUGUUGUGAAAUCAUAUUGAAUAUUCCAUCCGGACAACUAAGCUACUGCGCUGUGACUGCUUAUUCCUGUUCAUACUUGUCUAUAAAGGGUUUUGAUGUGAAAAACUUAAAAAACAAUAACAAUACUUUGAAAAGAACAUACAAAAUAGAUAACUAUGGAUGUCCAUAAAGAUCCAACUGAAGUUCCCACUGGGUUUACGAAAGAAGCAACCACGACGUCGACUUUCGGUAAUCAGUCAACAGGUUUUUCUACAGGAUCAGGAUUUGGAAGACAAACUAAUACAGUUUUUGGUACAUUUCCAAAUCAAAAUAACCAACAAACCCAAACCAAUAAUCUAGCUGCAUUUGGGUCUCAAAAUAGCAGUUUUGGAAAUAACAUCUUUAACAACCAAGCAGAAUUUUGUCAACCGCAUUAUUUUGGAUUCGGUUCUAUGAUGUCACAGCAAACUACGAACAUUUGCUUCACGGGCUUUGGCGAACCCAAAACUAAUUAUUUAUUCAACAGUCCCUUAAGUGGCACCACCAUGAAGAGAGUAAAAUUGAUUUUCGAAAGUCCAGAUAUGGUUUUUGGAAGUAGCAUUUACAAGAAGCCCAACGUUAUUGUUGAAAUUGAAGUUCAUCCAACAAGCAACCGAAUUUGGCAAUCAAAUUGUAGUGACUUCUCAUUUAGUGUUAUCCACGUUGAAAAAUAUAACAGCAUGUUUACGAUGAAAAGUGCUGGUCCUUUAAAAUUUCUAGUAAGAGUUAAACAUUCGACAACACUCUUCGGCGACAAUAGCAUAUCGCCAUCAAUGAAUAAUGGCAAUCAAAAAAUAACUUUUACUUUCCAAUCUAACCAACGACAAUUUGGAUCAAACACAAGAGAAAAAGAAACUAUUGUGGAAGUUCCUUUACCUGUCAAUAAUUUAAUGUCGAAGUUUUCAAAUGAGUAUUUUAUGGUUGCUGUUGGACCAGAUUUUUCUACAAAUUCUUUCGAAGUUCAAACCUCAACAAAUAGUGUCUUUAAAAUUACGUUCGCAGAAAAAGGAAAAUAUAACCAUUUCUUUGGCAACAAUCGUCAAACCAGAAGUGGUUCAGUAUUUUUCGAUCAAGGUCGCCAAAUUAAUGCAUUUCCAUCUACAAGUAGCAGCCUAUUUGGUAAUCGAGCAGCAUUUGGGACAAAUCAGACGUUUGGAAGUUCAACAAAUGGAAAUAAUUGUAUUCCAUCUAAUCAAGCUCAACCAAUGACUUUCAAUCAAACAGUUAACGGUGGCUCGUUAUUUGGAAAGCUGUCAACAACAACACAAACAUUUGGCGCGCCUGCAGGAUUUGGUGUAGCUACAGGUCCUACUGGUAUUUGCACUGAAAAACAAGACAAAAGCAGUUCGACUACAGGAAUCUCAUCCUUUGGUGAAACAAAUGAAUGUUUUGAGAGUCCGAAAGCAUUUGGGACCGUUGGAGGAUCCGCAUUUGGUCAAGUAAAAAGCAUUCCGCGACCACAAUCUGGUUCAUUAUUUAGUGGCUUUAAUUGUUCUCAACCGUUUUGUAAUAAUCAGUCUUCAAAGAACAACAGUGAAGAGUUUGAAUUUGGAGCUUCAAGUCAACCGGCAACAGGAAUUGAUAAUGAACUUUCUGCAGAGAAUCUUAAAUCGGCUAAAUACAAUCCAACUUUUGGGACAGAAGUUUUAGCCAAUUCCUCACUUCCUGUGGAAACUAAACCAAAUUGCAUCACCGCAAUGGAUGAAUAUGCAAAUAAAUCCUUUGAAGAAAUUCGACUUAACGACUACUUAAGAACAUUUCCUGAAACCUCUCCUAAACAAAAUAAUCUCACAACAGAGAUUGCUAGAAGAGAAGAAGCAACAGCUUCAAAUUCAAAUACAAACACAAUCACCGCCUUUAGUCCAUCAAAUAUGGUUGGAAAUACAAAUCAAGCAUUCUUCGAUCAGCUUCAUCAAUUGAUUCCCUAUCUGAACGCCGGAUCAUUUUGUAAAUGUAGCCGCUCAUGCAAUUCAAACAAAACCCAAAGUAACUCGCAAACAUUAGCAAACAAUCAACCAAGAUCAAAUAGUGAUUCUCUUGAUAAUCUUUAUGUUAACACUCAAAUAUCUCGUCUAAAUGAUAAUAUAUCGAUUAAUGAAUUUUACAAUGACGUCUUUAAAUACUUGGAACAUAUUCAAAAACAAUAUCGUCAUUUGGAAAGCACUCUUAAUAAUAAAAAUGCAACACAUACUUCUGAAGAAAAUUCAAAUAAAUCUGAAGGAACCGAUAAAACAGAAGAAACACCGAACAAAAACAAACAAAAAUCACCGAUGACAGUUUUUGGUAGUUCAACUUAUUCUGCCGUUAAAAUCGGUUUGAAUGAAAACAGUUCGGCCUUAAAUCCAGAUUCCGAAGAUACUGAUAAAGUUACUGUCCAAGAAACUUCUGAGGCAAAUAAUAGUUUAUUAUUCGGAAUUAAGAAUAAACCACUUGAAACUGAUACUGCUGGUAAUUCUGCCAAAUUAAGCGUUGAAGAAAAAGCAAGCGAGACCAAGGAGGACCUUUCUAAGAAAACUGACAUCCUUAACGAAGAUGGAAUAAACAAAACUCCCACCACGCUUACACAAACAAUUCCAGUAUCACUUUUUGGCUCAUCAAAUUAUUCGACAACAAAUAUUGGCUUUGACCUUUUUAAACAAACGAAACCAGUAAAUGUUGCAAAUGAGUCUAGUGUUUUCAGUUCCAGUGCGUUUUCAGCUGCUGGGCCAACAGUAGCAACCUCCAGUAACAUAACAGAAAAUACAAAGAAUAACGAAGACGAACCGGCGGCUAAAUGUUUAUCUUUUUUCACAGGUUUUAAUGAUAACAUCGGCUUUGGAACAACAUCUAAGCCAGUUGAUUUUUCGUUUGGUGUUAGUCCUAGCAAAUCAAGCGAUGACGUCGCUCAAACAAAAGAUACAAGCAAGACACUCGAUGACCAAUCGAAUGGUGUAAAAACAUCAACAACUGGAAUUUUCUCAUCAACUGGAUCCAUUUUUGAAACUCAAAAUACUUCUUCCAGCAACAGAGUGAAAGCAAACCAAAAAAUAAGUUUUUCAUUUGGUUCUCCAUGCAGCGGCGAAAGACAUACGAGAACAGCCGUACCAAGAAAAUCACCUGACAACUCAUCAAGCAAUUCCUCUUUUUCACCAAUAAAAAGUAGUAAACCUGAAAAUAUCCCCACUGGCUUCAUUUUUUCUUAUGAGAGUAGCAACACUGAGGGAAAAAAGCCAUCAACAUAUGCUCCGCUUUUCCCAUUUAACAUUGUCAGCAGCGAGUCUGCUAACAUUUUCGCCAGUACCGAUUCGGCUAUUGGCUUGGGGAGUGAUAAAUUACCAGGACUAUUCUCAAUGAAAGCUUCAACUACCAAAGCUGACAAUUUGAGAGAAAAAAGAGAGAGCGAUGGAAAUACAGCAAAUAUUUCAGAUUCAAAGUUUACUGACUCAAACAAUGCAGGAGGAAGUCCUGGUGGAAUUAAUAUUGUCAAAGCAGUCAAUUCAUUAAAGUCCAUCAUAUCAAAUGACAAUAAAACACAAGAAGAAGAAUCAACUAAAGAAAAGAGUGGUUCUUUGAGAAGGCAAAUAAAUGAGCCGAUGGAUGAAAAAGAUGGUUUUGUAUCAUCGCCAGUGUUUAAAAUGAAAAAAAUAAGUGAUAUAUUAGCAGAUAUAAAUGAUAAAGAAGAAAACCUUAAGGAAUCUUCGAAUAAAUCUGACAGUGAAAGCGAUAUUUCAAACUACAGUUUGAUAUCCAAUCGAUCUUUGAAUGAAUCGUCGUGUAUUCAAAAUGAACAACAUCCAACUGGAAUUGUUAUGAAACGAUAUGGUUACUACAUUCAACCAUCAAAGGAACAUUUGAAAUCUAAAAUAACCGAAGACGGUGCCUGUCUUGUGUCAAACUUUACAAUCGGUCGCAAAGGCUACGGAAGUAUCUGUUUUAACAAAGAAAUUAAUGUAGCUGGUCUAAAUAUAGAUAACAUAGUUAAUUUUCGCAAUAAAGAACUAAUUACCUAUCCAAAUGAACACAACAAUCCACAAGUUAUUGCCGAUUUAAAAAAAUGUGAUGUACUUGUAACUCUUGAACAAGUCUGGCCACAUGAUGACGUAAAGCAUGAACCUAUAAAAGACCCUCAACAAUUGGAUAAACUUAAAUACGAAGAUAAAUUGCGUUCGGUUUGUUAUAAGAACGAUGUUCAUUUUGUUGAAUAUCGUCCAGAGACUGGAAGUUGGUUGUUUAAAAUGAAAAAAUUCGAUAAAGUCAAUAUUAACUGCUGGGAUGUAGAAGAUGAAGAUAUUUCUUUAGAACAAAAGAAUUCAACAGGAAUCUCAAAAAUAAUAAAGCUUAAGCAACAAAACCGUAGCCGAGCAAGGAUUGCCUCCAGAAUUAUCUUUAUUGCUAAAAGGAAACCUAUGUCUAAAAACUUCAUUUAGUUUUUUGUUUGUUCAUUGAAUAUGCGUUAAUAAAAAGAACUAUGUAAUUUGUUUAUAUAAAAAA